AUGUCUUUCGUUAAUCCGCUUGCGCGCGACUACAACGACCAGUGUGCAGACGCGCUCACUACCAAUCUGACUUCUUGCAUCCCCGCUGUGCACAGUCUAAGUUCCAACAAUUUUUACUCGCGUCAUGGUCUUGAGACAAUUUGCACCAGCGACUGUCGCGACGAGCUGCAAGCAUACAGGCGUUCUGUGGCUGCCGGAUGCUCCGGCGUAAGUUACACAAACGACUGGGGCACGGUGUAUCCCAUCACUGAGUUCGCAGACACUCUUCUUUUCAACUUCCACCAGACCUGCUUGAAGAACGAAGGCAAAUACUGUAACAUAGUUCUGGGUAACCUCACCAAGAACGGCGGCGACGACUGCAACAAGUGUCUUUUGCUGAAGCUUCGAAACGAGGCCAAGUACCCUUACGGCAGCGGGCCCGAUGUGUAUUCGAGUGCGUAUCCUAGCUAUACCUCGUCUUGCGGAUUUACAGGGUACCCGGUGACUGCCAGCCCGACGAUGUCUCUUCCACAUAUCUCCAGCACAUCCGCGUCAUCCGUAGCAGCGACCCCAACGGCCAGUACCUGCAGCGGCACGAAGUACACCAUCAAGGAUGGAGACACUUGCGAGUCGGUCUCCAAGUCACAGAGCGUCGCCACAUUCCAACUUCUCAUGGACAAUCAACUCCAAGCCUACUGCGCUAACUUCCCUAAAUCUGGUAACCUCUGCAUCCAGAACCAGUGUACUACUUACACUGUUAGAAAGGGAGACACCUGUAAGAGUAUCAGCAAGGAACACAAUAUCACAACUGUCCAACUGCGCUCAUACAACCCCUGGAUUGACGGCGGUUGCUAUAACUUCAACCGCACCAUCGGCACAGAAAUCUGCAUGGACGAGCCUGGAGAGAAAUACCACGCUCCAUCCUCUGUUGUUUCUGCCACAGGCUCGCCCACAGCUUCAUCGGCCGUCCCCGUGCCGACCAACCUCGCCAAAAACAGCACCAAGAACUGCGGCGAGUAUUACACGCCCAAGAGCAACGAAACCUGUGACACAAUCGUCCAGAAUUUCCCCAUCAGCCGUGGUAAUUUCCUCAUCUUAAACCCGGGCCUAAACCAGAACUGCACAAACUUUAUAGCUGGCCGCAGUUACUGCGUCAAGCCCGUCGAAGACAUGGAUAAUUAUCCUGGUGCCCCAGGCUACAUGCCUUCUGUCUCCAAAAUCCCCUGGGGUGAUCUCCCUGAUGCAACCUACACGCCGAUGAAUAACCCUGACCCUCGUCCCAUCGCCCCAGGCACAUUAAAAACUUGCCAGAGCCUUGUCGAUGGGCGCGAGCUACAAUAUAAUUUCACGGGCUACAGUAACUGCCAAGCGGCUGUGGCAUUCUGGGAGAUAUCGAAAGCGGAUCUGCUCCAGUGGAAUCCGUCGCUGAACAAGCAGAAAUUCAAUUCUACCAGUUGCAAUUUCAGCAAGGAGUAUAGGUAUUGUAUGGACGGCCGGUCUGGGGCGAGUUCAUCCUCUUCGGGGGCUGUGCCUAGUACGCCGGCGCCUUCGACGCCGCUUUCCACUUCGACUUCGACUUCUACGUCGACUUCUUCGUCGGAAUCUAGCCCAACCCCCACGAGCACAUCGACCUCUCAGAUUUCAACCACCGAUACAGACACAAGCUCUAGUGCGGAGCCCACCAGUAUGACUACAACCUCCACAACGACAAGCGGAGCCGUCCCGUCUCCCACUCAGUCGAACAGCAUUCCCGACAACUGCAGCGACUACGCCAAGGCCAAGGAUGGGGAUAACUGCGUUGACUUCGCCAAGGAUCAUGACAUUACUCCGAAGCAGUUGUACGAGUGGAAUACAGUUUUGGGUGAUGAUGGCAAGAAGUGCGGGACUAUGUUCCAGAAAGAUACAUACUACUGUAUUGGUGUGAGUAAAUAG